GUGUAUCUGUGGCACAAGAUGGCGCUGCCCUUUGCGCGUUGUUGGAAGUUGUACCGCUGGGGAACCAUGCGACGGGGUGUCCCCGCCGGGGAAUCCCGGAGAGGCAUCAGUUUCAAACUGGAAGAAAAAACGGCCCACAGCAGCCUGGCACUCUUCAGAGGUGACACGGGUGUCAAAUACGGCUUAGUGGGACUGGAGCCCACCAAGGUGGCCCUGAAUUUGGAGCGCUUCCGGGAGUGGGCAGUGGUGCUGGGAGACACCACGGUCACCAGUGGCAGACACUACUGGGAGGUAACCGUGAAGCGCUCCCAGCAGUUCCGGAUAGGAGUGGCAGAUGUGGACAUGUCCCGGGACACCUGCGUCGGUGCUGACGACCGUUCUUGGGUGUUCUCCUACGCCCAGCGCAAGUGGCACAGCAUGUUGGCCAACGAAAAAUCCCCGAUUAAG